AUGAUGCGCCGUGAAUGCAACGCGCAGCAUUCUGCGUCCUCUACCACUCCCACCUCCACAACAUCCUCUUCUGCCUCGUCAACACCAACGACGACAACCACAUCCGCCUCCACAACCUCUUCCGCCGCCUCCUCGUCGCCCAUCCACCUCCGCCGCAGCCGCCGCCGUACAUCCUGUCGCCAUGCCUCACACACGAUGCCCACCUCGAUGCGUCGGCCCUGCGGUGCUCACGCCGUCAAGACGAGUACGCUGCUCGCCCGCAAUCCCGCCCUCGCCCACAAGCUGCGCCAGAUGGCCCUGCCGCUGAGCCCUCUCGUCCAGCUCACCACCGGCGCCGUCCACCCCGACUUUCCUGCCAACGUCCUCCAGUUUUGGCUCCUCACGGACUCCCAGCUCGAGGCCCUCGCCACCUUCUACCACCAGGCCACCCCCACGGGCACCCGUCCCUCGCCCUGGGCCGCCCAAUACCCCUGCCCCGUCCGCUGGCAGUCCGAGGCGCCCCUCGAGUGCAAGCGUCGCCGUAUGGGCCGCUUCAUCGGCCUUCGCGGCUGCGAGACUCCCGUCGAGUGCUUUCCGCCCGUCAUCAAGACGGAAGACGAGAUUGCCCGCGAGGCGAGGCUGGCCCGUCUGGCCGCUGACGAAGAGGCCUUGAGGAGAAAGACGGCCCCCGGUCCUUGGGGGCGAUGA